AAGGCUCUUGGCUGCGUUUAAUUGAUAGGAAAUGAAAGAAAUACAAAAAUGAAAACUAUUUUCCUUUUCUGCAUACGAGAACGUAGGUUCCACCAUUGUCAUUUUGUUGAAGAAAGUAUUUUUGCUUACAUCAUUUCCUCUAUAUAAAUAUUGAGAUUAUGUAGCUGUGGGAGAGUUAUAAAAAUUUCUGUGAGUUGGGUUGUGGACACCUUUGAUGAUUUCUGGGUUUGAUGACAGGGUUUGUGAAAUAUGGGAUUAGGAAAGGGAGAGUCUUGGGAUGUGGGCAAACCAAAGAGUUGGAAGAAGACAAAUGAUGCUGUGGAGGAGACUGGGUGUUAGGUUAGGUUGACGUCUAUUGGCAGCUGUGCUGUAUUUCUUCAAGAUCUAAAACAAAAUCUGAAAAGUUUAAUUGGUCUCCAUCAACUUUAAUUUACUUCAUUUGCUUUUCUGAAUGAAUUACAUACAGAUUGACAAGAAUGUAUUGAAGUUCAAAACGAAACCAUUGGAGCAUAUGGAGCUGAUGCGAAAGGUGUACGAAGGUGCAACUGCAACCAGGAAAUUCGCAUGGACACCAGGGGCAACGUUCGAACCUGUGGCCACGGAGGACAAUCUGUUGCUGGUAGACGAAGAUGACUGCAAAGACAGCAGUGGUUUGCCCCCUUUUCAGCCAUCCGCACAGUGUGGACAAACUGUCCACCACAGUUCUGCGCAAGAUGAGGACAUCCCGGUCAGUGUACAUGCUGUGGCAUCGGCAAUUCACGCUAAUGACACACCUAUGAGUGGCCGGAGCAAACGCAAACUCUGUCGUACAACACACUCGCAGCGGAAAAAAGGGCAGAGUGUCGGAGCAUUGCUCUUGGUGAGUAGCAUGGAAAACCUUGCGUCUUCAGUUAAAUUACAACAACGAGAAGUCCGCAUGCAUCAUGAAUAUGGAGAUUCGGCCUCAGACUGCAUUCGCAAGUGUAUGGUAAGGUUGUACUCCCUAGAAGGCUUGGACCGGCAAGACCCACUAAUCCUUUACGGUAUGUCGCUUUAUUCGGAAUCUACGACAUGA